CACCGGCGGCGCGACUCUCGGCCCAGGGCGCUCCGGGGCCGCCCGCUCGCGCGACCGCCGCCCCUGCCCCUCGCUGGCGCCUCCGCCGGGUGCCACGCCGUCAGGUGUCCCUGGACGCGCCAGGCUGGGGCCCGCCCUGAGCGCCCCGCGGGGGCUAUGGAUGGCGAAACAGAGGAACAGGGUGGUCCUGUGGCCCCUCCAGUUGCCCCCGGCGGGCCCGGCUUGGGCGGUGCUCCGGCCCUCGGUGGCCGACGGGAGCCCAAGAAGUACGCGGUGACUGAUGACUACCAGUUGUCCAAGCAGGUGCUGGGCCUGGGUGUGAAUGGCAAGGUGCUGGAGUGCUUCCAUCGGCGCACUGGGCAGAAGUGUGCCCUGAAGCUCCUGUAUGAUAGCCCCAAGGCCCGGCAGGAGGUGGACCACCACUGGCAGGCCUCUGGUGGCCCCCACAUUGUAUGCAUCCUGGACGUGUAUGAGAACAUGCAUCAUGGCAAGCGCUGCCUCCUUAUCAUCAUGGAAUGCAUGGAAGGUGGUGAGUUGUUCAGCAGGAUUCAGGAGCGCGGUGAUCAGGCUUUCACUGAGAGAGAGGCAGCAGAAAUAAUGAGGGAUAUCGGCACUGCCAUUCAGUUCCUGCAUAGCCAUAACAUUGCCCACCGAGAUGUCAAGCCUGAAAAUCUGCUGUACACAUCCAAGGAGAAAGACGCAGUGCUUAAGCUCACAGACUUUGGCUUUGCCAAGGAGACAACCCAAAAUGCCCUUCAGACACCCUGCUACACUCCCUAUUAUGUGGCCCCUGAAGUCCUGGGUCCCGAGAAGUAUGACAAGUCAUGUGACAUGUGGUCCCUGGGCGUCAUCAUGUACAUUCUUCUGUGUGGCUUUCCACCCUUCUACUCCAACACGGGCCAGGCUAUCUCCCCAGGGAUGAAGAGGAGGAUCCGCCUAGGCCAGUAUGGCUUUCCCAAUCCUGAGUGGUCAGAGGUCUCUGAGGAUGCCAAGCAGCUGAUCCGUCUCCUACUGAAGACAGACCCCACAGAGAGACUGACCAUCACACAGUUCAUGAACCACCCCUGGAUUAAUCAAUCAAUGGUGGUACCACAGACCCCACUCUACACAGCCCGAGUGCUGCAGGAGGACAAAGACCACUGGGAUGAAGUCAAGGAGGAGAUGACCAGUGCCUUGGCCACCAUGCGGGUGGACUAUGACCAGGUGAAGAUCAAGGACUUGAAGACCUCUAACAACCGGCUCCUCAACAAGCGGAGAAAAAAGCAGGCAGGCAGCUCCUCUGUCUCACAGGGCUGCAAUAACCAGUAGCUCAUGAGGCACUGGAGAAGCCAGGCCUCUCAUCCUGGGUGACAGACUAGAGUAUGCUGAGGCCCUGGCCAGGAGGGCUAGGGGCAUUCUUUUAACAAAGAGAUUAUUUUGUUGUGUUUUAA